GAAAAAUAAGAUUGGUGCCACGAAACUCCCUAGAAUGUUCAAAUCUGUAACAAUCUUCAGAUCAAUGAGCGCGUCGUUUUCCUUCCGUUUUUUAUUCGUUUAUUUCGUUAGAAUAACGGUUAAUGUUUAAAUUUGUUGAUUUUUCGUUAUAUUUAUUGCAAAAACUCAAUUACGACGUCGCGUAAUUUGUAUCAAGUACGAAAUAAGCAACAAAAUGGCCACAAGCAGCACCGGACAAGGCGAAGGGACUGCCAAUGAAAUCCUCCAGUUAAAGGUAUCCCUGGUUGGGAUUAAACCCCCAAUCUGGCGCCGCAUUCACGUUCGCAAAUCGGACACGUUUCGGCAACUCCAUGACUACAUCCAGCAGUUCAUGGGUUGGGGGAAUUAUCAUCUCCACGUUUUUGUGGCUGCUGGUGAUGUCCGAAUUGGGAUUCCCGAGGAUUCGGUAGGGUUUGACGACAUUGUUGAUGAGGGUAAAGCGAAAAUUUCGAGUUUUCUGAAGAAUCCCAAAGACAAAGUUAAAUACACUUAUGAUUAUGGCGAUAAUUGGCAGCAUGUUAUAACAGUGGAGAAAUUGUUGCCGUCUGUGCCCAACGUUCAUUAUCCCGUGUGCGUGGGGGGGCGACGCGCCUGUCCCCCAGAGGACUGUGGGGGCGUUUGGGGCUACGUCGAGCUACUGCACAUUCGCGCCAACCCUUCUCAUCCUGAGUACAACGAGAGGAUCACCGAAUGGCUGGAUGACUUGUACCCCGACUUUGACCCGGAAAAAUUUGAGCCGACUGACUGCAUGCCCUUUUUUUAAGUAACACUUAAAUAAUCUAAACUUCGUUUCUCCUAAUCUAAGAAUAAGGUUUUAUUUUAUUUCUUGUUGAUACUCAUUCAGUUCGUCAACAUUACGAUACUUGUGUUACUUUCGUUCAGUAAACUAUAGCAAGCAA